AUGGAUUCUGGUAAACCAAAUAAAUCGGUGAAGGAUUCAACCUCUAAGGAUCGCCGACAGAAACCAAAAGCUUCUGCCCCCGAAAUAUCAGCGAACGUGGAUGCUAUGUUGGCCGCUGAAAUCGACAAGUUGGCGAACGUCUCAACGAAAGCGAAGUCUAUAGUGUCCAAUUCAUCGUGCAAAUCGGCACUAUCGCUGAAGCUGCAGAUGCAGAAAGUGUUGGCCGAAGAAACGUUGAUGCUUGAGGAGAUGAAGCGACGACGGGAGUUCAUGAAGAAAAAGUUCGAGCUGAUGGAGGAAAUUGCUGAGGUACAAAGCUGUCCAGUACCAGGGGCCCGAACAACAGAUCCUUUAACGAAGGUGAAAGGUUGGCUCCAGAAGCAGCGUCAAGCCGAAAAUGAAUCAGUAGCGGCGGAUGACGAUGAGCACGAUAGCGAUGAUGAUACGGAGGACAACAUGGACGACGACGAGGAUGACGACGCCGGAGAUACCGAAUCAAGCUCGGAGUAUGCGGCCGACGAAGAAGGUGACAACUCGUCGGGCGAAACGGAACCGGAAAGCGUCGAUAGCGAAGACGGUUCUAGCUCAGCAGACGAGUCAUACCACGAGCGAGGUGAUGAACACCAUGAGGAAAGAUUUUCUCCUAGGGAACGUUCAACUCCGGUACAAGUGAGGGCUUCCAGAACGUCAAAUCGGGUGAAGUAUUCCCGGUCUAGUGCCACGCUUUCCCGCGACCAGAUUGCGGCACGUCAGGUUGUGCCAUGUGAUCUCCCGAAGUUUGGCGGCAGCCCAGAGGAAUGGCCGAUGUUCAUAUUGACAUUCGAAAGUACGACGAGAAUGUGUGGCUACAAGGACGAGGAGAAUAUGAUCCGCCUUCGAAACUGUUUAAAAGACGAAGCGUUUGCCUCUGUGCGGAGCUUUCUGAUGCAUCCGUCGAUGGUAUCGAAAGCGAUUAGCGUCCUGAAACUUAGGUUUGGUCAACCACAUAUGAUCAUCAGUACGUUGCGCGAGAAGGUGCUAGCUACGCCACCGAUUAGAACUGAUUCGAUCGAAAAGCUAGUAGACUAUGCACUUGCCGUACAGAACUUGUGUUCGACUAUCGAUGCUUGUGGGCGGAAGGAGUGUAUGCGUGAUGCGACUCUGAUGCAAGAACUCGUUUGCAAGCUUCCCUCCGCUAUUAAACUGGAUUGGGCGAGGCACAGCAAAACACUAGCGAAGGUGACCCUAUCAACCUUCUCCGAUUGGAUUUUCUCGAUUGCGGAAGAUGCAAGCAUCGUAGCAAACCCUCGAAAGUCCCACAGCUACGAGCAGGAGCCACGCAAUAAGCGCCAAGGAAAGGUUUUCGUCAACACUCACGUUGAAUCUUCUCCAUCGGUAGCGGGUGGCCAGAAGGUUACUGGCAAUCGGCCGAACGUCGUUUCUAGCGGCAAAACCUCGAUGGAAGGACCGACCAUAUGCCCUACUUGCAAGGGCAGCUGUCGAACUGCAGCGAAGUGUAAGCGUUUCCUCGAUCUCUCAUAUGAAGCAAAAUGGGCAGCCGUUCGCGAGCUCAGAAUAUGCCGUCGUUGCCUACGACAGCAUGGAGGUAACUGCAACAGCAAGCCGUGUGGAGUCAACGGGUGUACAUUCAAGCAUAAUCCGCUUUUGCACAAGAGCCUCGUUGCACCAGGUGAAGUCACAGGCAGCCCGGGUAGCCCUAACCCGGCCAAGGCGAAUGAAGAACGCAGUAUCAACACACACCGCGUCGAAACUGGCCUAGAACUGUUCCGGUACAUCCCUGUAACGUUGUUUGGGCCGACGAAGCAAGUGGAGUGCUACGCUUUUCUUGAUGAUGGUUCCGAGCUGACGUUGUUGGAUGAGCAGAUCGCCAAGGAUUUGGAUUUGAUCGGUGGUGCGAAGCCGUUGUGUUUGAAGUGGACUGGAGGAACUCACCGCUUCGAGGAGAAGUCAAGAUGUGUGGACAUCGGAAUUUCCGGAUCGGCGGGAAGAAGGUUUGAGCUAAGCGGAGUGCGGACGGUUGAAGCGCUUGAGCUACCAUAUCAAAGCUUGAACGUCGAGGUACUUCAGGAGAAGUAUAAGCAUCUGCGCAGUAUCCCAGUGGAGUCGUAUAAUCGUGUCCAACCAAGGAUCCUAAUAGGAGUCAAGCAUGCCAAUGUUUCGUUGGUAAGACGGUGCCGAGAGGGAAAGGAAGGCGAGCCCAUCGCCGUGAAGACCCAUCUGGGGUGGACGAUCUUCGGAGGUUGUAUUGCUAGCUUGGUGUUUUACGCCCGACUAACUACUGAGAACGAAGCUCAGGGCAGUUGGUCGAAGCAAGAAUCGAGCAACGGCGGGAGCCAUAUCUAUCACAUUUGUGCGUGCAACCUACAGAACGAUGAACAACUGCACCUGGCAGUGAAGCAGUACUUCAGCCUGGAUAGCCUGGGAAUCAUGAUGCCAGUUGCGGCCUCAGUAUCUAAAGACGACGAGAGGGCCUUGAUGUUGCUCAGUUCGCUCACGCAGGUCACCGGUAAUAGAUACCAAACCGGACUGCUCUGGCGUUUCGAUAAUAUUCGCCUUCCGGACAGCCGGCCAAUGGCCUUACAGCGGCUCAAGUGUCUAGAAAGGCGUCUAGCCAAAAAUGCCGAUCUGAAGCUUGCCUACGAUGGGAAACUAGCAGAAUACGAAACGAAAGGGUACAUUAGGAAGGUAACCCAGAAGGAGCUGGAGCAAAACAAAGGUCACUCUUGGUACCUUCCCACGUUUCCGGUUAUAAAUCCCAACAAGCCAGGAAAGAUCCGUAUUGUAUGGGAUGCAGCAGCAACCGCACAUGGAGUAAGUCUCAACUCUAUGCUGCUUACUGGUCCAGACUUGUUAAGCUCGUUGGUGGCCGUCCUGAACCAAUUUCGGGAAAACCGCAUAGGCAUUUGUGGAGACAUUCGCGAAAUGUUUCUCCAGAUCGGAAUACGUCGAGAGGACCAGUUCUACCAGCUGUUUCUAUGGAACGACAACGUGAAUCAGGAAGAACCCAGCACGUACGUAGUCCCCGUAAUGAUCUUUGGGGCCCGGUCAUCGCCAACUACAGCGCAAUUCGUUAAAAACCAGAAUGCUCAGAGGUUCCGUGCCGAGUUCCCCGUGGCAGUUGAAGUCAUUGAAAAAAAGCACUAUGUGGACGACAUGCUUGCCAGCACCGAAACGGAAGAUGAAGCCAUCGACCUGGCAAAGUCGGUGAAACACGUUCAUGCUCAAGGCGGCUUUGAUAUAAGGAACUGGGUAUCUAAUUCCGCCAAAGUUUUGAAUGCGCUGAACGAAAGCCCGACGAGUGAGAAGUCCCUAAACAUUGCAGCCGACAUUGCGACGGAGAAAGUCUUGGGGAUGUGGUGGAACACCUCAACCGACUGCUUCACCUUUAAGAUCUGCUGGACCAGGUUUGACGCAGUAUUGUUUGACGGAAGCAGAGCGCCUACCAAACGUGAACUUCUUCGGAUCCUGAUGAGUAUCUUUGAUCCGUUGGGACUCAUUUCGCAAUUCCUAAUGAUCCUCAAGGUUACACUCCAAGAAGUAUGGCGUAAGGGACUGAAAUGGGACGACCAGAUAGAAGGCAAGCAGCUCGACGAUUGGCAGACGUGGACAAAAUUGCUACCGAAGCUGGAGGAACUCCAAAUACCUCGAUGUUACCGCCAGAUCACAACAACUGGAGCCCAGAUUCAAAUGCACACAUUCGUGGACGCUGGAGAUAAAGGGAUGGCUGCAGUCGUGUACCUACGGUUCGAAGAAAAUGGAAUCGUCGAAUGCGCUUUAGUCGGGGCGAAAACACGGGUUGCACCAUUGAAGUACCUGUCAACGCCGCGUUCGGAACUCCAGGCUGCUGUCAUCGGAGCGAGAUUAUCCAACAGUACUAUGAAGUCAUUGUCUCUUUCAGUGUCGCAGCGCUUCUUCUGGUGUGACUCACGUAACGUACUGUGCUGGUUACGCUCCGAUCACCGUCGUUACAGCCAGUAUGUUGCGGCGAGAACGAGUGAAAUUCUAGACACUACGGAAGUUAACGAAUGGAACUGGAUCAAAUCGGAGUGGAACGUAGCAGAUGAUGGCACGAAAUGGACCGGGCAGGUGCAGAUGAAGUCCGACGAUCGUUGGUUUCUAGGGCCGGCAUUUUUACAGAAAGCGGAGCGAGAUUGGCCAGUUAUCCCGUACAACCAAGAAACUACGACCGAAGAGCUUCGUACCAGUGUUCUGGUGCACAGGAAAGUUCGGGAUCCAGUGGUUGUGGCUAGUGACUACUCUAGCUGGAAUCGUCUGCUAAAAGUUACGGCAUAUGUACAGCGAUUCGUGUACAAUCUACAAGCGAAACGACAGGGAUUAGUUUCACAUCAAGGACCAUUGUCUAGUGAAGAAUUGCGACAGGCUCAGCUGUACCAUUUUCGGCAGGCGCAACAAGAGGUGUAUCACGAAGAGAUGUUGGUGCUGAAGGAGGGGUCGAAAAAUGGAGAGAACGUGCGGAAGCAAUGGCAACAAUACAGUCGCAGUCAGAUCUACAAGAUGAGCCCAUUCGUGGACGAAGACGGAGUUUUGCGAAUGAACAGCCGAGCUGCGAAGUGCUCUUUCCUGUUUCCGGACGAAAAAUUCCCGAUAAUACUUCCGGACAACCAUCCGGUCACCAAAAUUCUCCUAGUGGAUUUCCAUGAGAGGUACCAUCAUCGCAAUUAUGCUACUGUGGCCAACGAGGUGCGUAGACGGUACUGUAUUCCAUGA